CUAAUACAUUGUGACGCAUGCGCAGUGCUCCAAGUAGCGAGUAGUAGCCAAGUAGACGUUAGCAGUGUAUUAAAGUACGUGGCAGUAAACUUUUGACAUGGAAGUAGCCGCACUGUUCGCCUUGACUGUGUUACUGGGAGCACUGGUUAUUCUGGUCGCAUUAGCGGUGGGCAGACGGAAAGAAGAAAUAAGAGAGGAAAUAGAGCAAGCGGCGGAGUUUGCCGCUGAAGGCAGUGCUGCGAAGGGUCCUGCAUCCAAGAAACCAAAGCAGGAGAAGCAGCGCAGCCGGAAGGAUAAACCUACGCAGCACACUUUCAGCCAUCCGCUGCUCGCAGCCUCGCUGAAGAGCCACAGUGCGAACGUGACUUGCCUGGAUUUCAGCAGUAACGGGAAGUACCUGGCGUCCUGCGCUGAUGACCGCACCGUCCGGAUCUGGAGCACCAAGGACUUUCUGGAGCGGGAACACAAGUGUCUGAGGGCCAAUGUGGAGCUGGAUCACGCCACGCUGGUCCGCUUCAGCCCGGACUCCAGGGCGUUUAUCACCUGGCUGGCUAAUGGAGACACCAUCCGAAUCAUGAAAAUGAUCAAAAAGGAGGACGGCACGAUGAUCUUCAAAGCUGCUUGUGAGGACUUCCCACAGAAACACAAGGCUCCCAUCCUCAACAUUGGCAUUGCAGAGACAGGCAAGUUCAUCAUGAGCGCCUCCAUCGACACCAGCAUCCACAUCUGGGACCUGAAGGGUGAAGUCCUGGCCUCCAUCAACACCAACCAGAUAACCAACUCGUAUGCUGCCGUCUCCCCGUGUGGCAGGUUUGUAGCGUCCUGUGGCUUCACGCCGGAUGUGAAGGUGUGGGAGGUUUGCUUCGGGAAGGGAGGAGAGUUCAAAGAGGUGGCGCGAGCCUUCGACCUGAAGGGCCACUCAGCAGGUGUUCACGCACUCGCCUUUUCUAAUGACUCUCACAGAAUGGUGACUGUCUCCAAAGACGGCACGUGGAAGCUGUGGAAUACAAAUGUGGAGUACAAAAUGCAGCAGGACCCUUACCUCCUGAAGACGGUCCCCUGUGCGUCCUCUGAAGGCAGCCUGGCGGCCUUGUCUCCAGACGGCCGGGUAGUGGCCAUCAGUGACGGCUGUAACGUCGCCAUGUACAACGCCACCAGCGGCGAGCUGGAGGAGGAGCUGCACGGCGUCCACAGCGAGGAGAUCAACGACUUAAGAUUUGACAUUAACGGGCGCUUCUUGGUGUGCAGCGGCGACAAGGCCAUCCGAGUGUUUCACAACGCCCCGGGCUACCGGGCAGCCAUCAGAGACAUGCAGGACAUGCUGAAGAAGGCCCAGAACGAAGCCAUGAAGCAGAGACUGCAGCAGCAGAUCAGAGAAGCUCAGAGCACCCUGGACACUGUGCUGGCUGCUCCCGUCGAGUGAAAGAGACCCGAGGAAACUACUCUGAUCGUCUUAGCGUCUGACUCUGACUGAUAAUCUUUUUUCAACCUCUCCCUCGGCCACUAAAUGAGCUGGUCCGGGAAUAAUAGAAAUUAGCAUGCAAUUUUAAUAAAGAACUUCUUUUUAUGGAUAAAA